UGUACAUCCAGCUACCGUGCCGUAACAAGGCUGGGGAGAAGGAUGAGCCGAAUCCAUGGUUAGCGUGCAGUAGAUGGCACAAGUAUUUAGGCGAUUUAGACCGGGAGGAUUUAAUGGCGUCGGUAGCCAAGCCUGGCGAUGGUGGGAAGGAUACCGACCCAUUAGAGCAAACGGUAUGGAAGGCCAUGACGGACGUUACCCGGAUCAGUCAGGAAACGGUAUCGAAAACCGGCAUGUUCAUCCGGUUAGAAGUCGUUCGGACGGAGGAGUAUCAGACGAAAUAUGUGCCGUUAGAGAUCUAUUAGGAUCCGGAUUCCAUCGACCGACGAGCACAGCCAUAGAGA